UCAUUCAAGUUCAUUUAAAAAUAAACUUAUGUAAAUAGUUGCUUUUUAUCAGCUUUGUUAUAUGAAAGAAUACGAGAUAAUAAAUGCUUUAAAACAUCUUUCUUGUGUUACUUUUGUGUUGUGCACUGAACCAUGGUAAAUUUUACAUUUAGAGGCCUUAUGGCCCCAACUCUCACUGCUUUUAAAAAUGAUUGGUCAGUGGAUUUAAGUGUUAUUCAAGAUUACGCAAAAUUUCUUGCUGAUUCAAAAAUUAUGGGCGUUUUAGUAAAUGGGACAAGUGGUGAGGGGAUGUCUUUGAGUGUCCGAGAAAGGAAGCAAGUGACCGAAGAAUGGGUCAAAGCAGUAAAGAAAACGCACCAGCAUUUAAUGGUUCAAAUAGGUGGAGCACCCUUACCUGAUGUUUUAGAACUUGCAAAGCAUGCCGAAUCAGUUGGUGUGCAUUCCCUUCUUUGCUUACCUGAUCUUUACAAUAAGCCCACUAAUUCAGUAGAUUUGAUCAGAUACUUGAAAAUCGUGGGGGCCGCCGCUCCAAACACCCCCCUUCUUUAUUAUCACAUCCCGAGUUAUACUAACGUUAACAUCCAUAUGGGGCAGUUCUUGAAUGAUUCUGUCGGCAAAAUCCCGACUUUCCACGGAAUUAAAUUCACUUCAACUGCUUUAGAUGAAGGUGUGGCUGCUGUUGAAGCCAAUGGGGGCAAAUACGCCGUGUUUUUAGGGGCCGAUCAACUAAUGGCCGGGGCUUUUACUUUAGGUUUUGAUUCUGCAAUUGCAACAUCUUUAAAUAUGUUUCCUCAGUUGGGAGUGAAAAUCCUCGAAGCGGUCAAACAAUCGAAACUUGAUAAAGCAAGAGAAACGCAACAAAUUUUAACAAAAGUUUGUACUGUUGUUACUAAACAUGGGGCAUGGGUGCCUACUAUGAAAGUCGCUAUGGAUUUGUUUACACCCAUUAAAGUGGGAAAGGCAAGAGAACCGUUGGUGAACUUAAAUCCAGAGCAAGUUAAGGAAAUGGAAGCCACAAUGAAAACUAUCAAUUACAGUUAAAUUUUCAUUUAAAAAAAAAUGUUACAAAUAAAAUAUUUUAAAUUUCAA